GUGGGCCAAUGCGGACGGGUGGGCGGGCGGACUCGGGAGGCCGCUCGGCCUCUGGCAGCCCAAAGACUCCGGCUCCGAGCGACUCUGCGGCGGCUGCGAGGGGCUACGGGACCCGUGUUCAAUCUGCCAUAGUAGGUACUUUGAAGAAAACCCUCCUUCUCUGGAAUUGGCUUCAAUGCUGAAAACAUUUAAGGGGAUACUAAAGAUAUUGGAAGCACAAUGGAUGGCUUUUAUGAUCAGCAAGUCCCUUUCAUGGUCCCAGGGCAGUCUUGCACAGAGGAAUGUCGAGGCCGGCCAGUGACUGACAGAAAAAGGAAGUUUUUGGACACUGACCUGGCACAUGAUUCCGAAGAACUGUUCCAGGAUCUCAGCCAGCUUCAGGAGGCUUGGUUAGCUGAAGCCCAAGUUCCUGAUGACGAACAGUUUGUCCCAGAUUUUCAGUCUGAUAACUUGGUACUUCACGCCCCACCUCCGACAAAGAUCAAGCGGGAACUCCACAGCCCUUCCUCUGAGCUGUCAUCCUGUAGCCGUGACCAGAGUCUCUGUGCUAACUAUGGAGACAAGUGCCUCUACAACUAUUGUGCCUAUGACAGGAAGCCCCCUGCUGGGUUCAAGCCAUUAACCCCGCCUGCCACCCCCGUGUCCUCUGCCCAGCAGAGUUCCUCGCUUCCUCACCCUCCACCUGCUGCGUCCGUGCAGGCCGCUGCCCAUGUUGCCCCAGCAGGCGCGCUGCGGGGGGCUCCCCAGGCGUCGGCCCCGCAUGCUCUCCAGGAGCCAAGGCAGCAAACGUUCGCUGUGCCCCGGCCACCUCAUCAGCCCAUGCACAUGCCUAAGAUGAUGCCUGAAAACCAGUAUCCAGCAGAGCACAGGUUUCAGAGACAGCUGUCUGAGCCCUGCCAUCCUUUCCCUCCUCCACCAGGCCUUCCUGGAGACAGUCGCCCAGUCUACCACAGGCAGAUGUCCGAACCUAUAGUCCCAGCCGCUCCGCACCCUCCUCAGGGAUUCAAACAAGAGUACCAUGAUCCCCUCUAUGAGCACGGUGUCCCGGGCAUUCCAGGGCCUCCAAGGCAUGGAUACCAGUCUCCAAUGGGCAUUAAGCAGGAGCCCAGGGAUUACUGCAUUGACUCAGAAGUGCCUACCUGCCAGUCGUCAUACAUGAGAGGAGGGGGCUACUUCCCCACGGGCCAGGAGGGAUUUUCCUAUGAAAAAGAUGCCCGUUUGUACUUUGAUGACACCUGCGUGGUGCCGGAGAGGCUGGAAGGGAAAGUGAAGCAGGAGCCCACCAUGUAUCGGGAGGGGCCUCCAUACCAGAGACGAGGGUCACUGCAGCUCUGGCAGUUCCUGGUCACACUCCUGGAUGACCCGGCCAAUGCCCACUUCAUUGCCUGGACAGGCCGGGGCAUGGAGUUCAAGCUGAUCGAGCCCGAAGAGGUAGCUCGACGCUGGGGAAUCCAGAAGAACCGACCAGCCAUGAACUACGACAAGCUCAGCCGUUCUUUGCGCUACUACUAUGAAAAGGGCAUCAUGCAGAAGGUGGCUGGCGAGCGGUACGUCUAUAAAUUUGUCUGUGACCCUGAUGCCCUCUUCUCCAUGGCCUACCCGGACAAUCAGCGCCCGUUCUUGAAAGCCGAGCCUGACUGCCAUGUGACUGAAGAUGAUACCUUGCCUCUGACACAUUUCGAAGACAACCCCGCUUACCUCCUGGAGAUGGAUCACUGCAGCAACCUUCCCUACGCGGAGGGCUUUGCUUACUGACUUGCUGCAGGCUAGCGCUAGAAAGUCAAGUUGGGGCAAAUAAAGGCAGUGGUUUUGUAAAGAAUGUUUGCUCUUCGUAAAACUGAACUCUCUAACCAUGAUUGGUGGAGUCUAAAAUGUACAUUCAGUGGCCCCACUGAAGACCGAAUCUGAUAGCUUAAGGACUAGGAGUAGAUCUGCCAAAGGCUGCAACCAUGAAGAGUUUUUCGGGGAGAGGGUUAACUUGAAGUCUUUGUUCCAGGCCACACUGCUGUGGACAUGUGUGUGAGGUGCGGCCAUUGUGCUCAAUGGUCCCCCUGGAACUUGCCUAGACAGUGUGACUGUACAGCACACCAUCCCGACAAUCUGCUUUGCAUCAAUCACAAUACUUGUAGCUGCCUUGUGUGUUGGAAAGGGCUUUGUUUUGCACAGACAAUGGAUUUGCGGGGUGGGAGGCGAUCUGAGCUAGUCUGUUUAGGCUUAAAGUGUGGUGCUUGGCCUCCUGGGAGUGGGACAGCACUCUGGGUGGUUUCAAAUGCAUAGCACCCCAAUCGGACCUGAGGAAACCUCAGUUUUCUCUCUAAACAAAAACAAACCCCACCGGACAGCUCCCCUAACUCCUGAUCCGGUUCUCUGGAACCAGGUUUCUGCUCUCCUGUGGAGUCCAUCACUUCCUCCCUGUUUGAUGCUUGGGGGGAUGGCUUUGAUUGCAGGGGAAGGGGGGUUGUGGCAGGGUUUUUUCCCAUGUGUUGGGGAAAAGUUUAUAAACCAAUUUUGUAGUCUUUUGUAUUUUAAGGCGAAGCUGCUCUUUGCAAGCCUGCUGGUUCCCCUCCCCGCAGCAGUGCCAAUGCUUUGAGGACACUGCACCCUGCGUGGCAGCUUCGCCACCAGCCUCGCCCAUUAGCGUCUUCUUUGCGCUCUCCGCAUCGGAUACCGAACAGAACACCUGCGCACUAUACGUUUGGAAUGUUCUGCAAGACAGCAGGGCCCCGCUGUUUGGGUCCCCUGUGCGCAGCUCCCGCGCUCUGGGAAUUAUAUGUAUAUAAUCCAUGCAUAUCCCACUGGGUUAACUCUCCAAGCCGUGACCCUGUGGCACGGCUGCUGUGGUCCUCCCGAACUACCUAUUCCUCUCCAUGUCACUGCUCAAAUUUUAACCCUCCAUCGCACUCCUGGGAUUUGAGACUGGGUGAAACAUACAAAUAACAGAACUCUCCGCUUAAUUUCCAUGUCACAGUUCCCUCCCUCUUCAGUGUGUUUAGGUUGAUCUUAUAAGAGGAGGCUUUUUUUAAGAAUUAGGCUAUAAUACCUGGAUGGGGGAGGAUUUCAGGGAUAUCUCACCAUAAACAAAACAUACUCCAGUUCACCUAAAUCCCAUGGCCUCAUGCAGUUACCGCUUCCUAACUUACUCAUACCACUCCUAUAUACUAUACCUAUAUGCAUAUUUUUCCCCAACUAUCUAUAUGUUUUUGUUGUAAAUGCUGUAUAGGGUUUUUUCCUUCUUAGUUAACCUGGUUUGGGUUUGUUGACAGUCGUUACUUUUUUUGAAAGUAUGAGGAUUAACUCUUUGUAGACUAAAUUUCUCUCCCCAUGAUGUAUAAAGUGGCCUGUACAGUCAUGAAAUGUGGGAUGCAGGCAUCACUCUUGCACUCCUGCACCGAGGGGAUGGAUGCUAGCUGUUGUUCAAGGUGGAAAGUCUACAGUGCAGAAAGGGUUAAUCUGAGGAGUGAUCUGAAAUAACCUUUCCUUGAGCAGGGUCGUGCAUCUCCUGCAAAGCUGCAUUACAUUCUGUACUGUGUACAAUAAAGGAUUUUGCUUUCUGUUCA